CGGCACCAUCGACACUUGCCACCAACAAGUCACUACGACAAGAAAAAAGAGAAAAGCGAGCUUGAGUUGUCUCUCUGCGCUAUCCAGCUGCGUGAAAUCACACCUCUUGACAACCCCAAUACGUAGCUACGGCCAUCAGCCACCUGGACACACUAGCGACGAUGGCGGACGAGCACGAUGAAAGCCAGAUGGGGGACGAGUCGAUGACCGGGCCCGGUGCGCCCACGCCCGUCUCUGCCCUAGAGGGCCUCUCGAACUUGACGAAGCGAGACAUCCAGCUAUUGAUGGAUGGCGGAUACCAAACAGUCGAGUCGAUCGCCUACACGCCAAGAAGAAUGCUGGAGCAAGUAAAGGGCAUCUCCGAGAUCAAGGCCACCAAGAUUCUUGCUGAAGCCUCGAAAUUGGUACCCAUGGGAUUCACAACAGCCACUGAGAUGCACCAGCGACGCAGCGAGCUAAUCUCAAUCACCACCGGCUCGAAGAACCUCGACACUUUGCUUGCGGGCGGUGUCGAGACCGGCUCCGUCACUGAGCUCUUUGGCGAGUUCCGCACAGGCAAGAGUCAGAUCUGCCACACGCUAGCCGUGACAUGCCAACUCCCCUUCGACAUGGGCGGUGGCGAAGGAAAGUGUUUGUACAUUGACACCGAGGGCACGUUCAGACCGGUUCGGCUCCUCGCCGUCGCCAACAGAUAUGGCUUGUCUGGCGAGGAGGUUCUCGACAAUGUCGCCUAUGCGCGUGCCUACAACUCGGACCAUCAGCUUCAGCUCCUCCAACAGGCUGCGGCGAUGAUGUGCGAGACCCGCUUCUCACUGCUCAUCGUCGACAGUGCCACUGCGCUGUACCGCACCGAUUUCUUGGGUCGUGGAGAGCUCUCGUCCCGGCAAACGCACCUUGCCAAGUUCAUGCGACAGCUUCAGCGGCUCGCAGAUGAGUUUGGCAUCGCCGUCGUCAUCACGAACCAGGUCGUCGCACAGGUGGACGGCGGACCCAGCGCGAUGUUUAAUCCAGAUCCGAAGAAGCCUAUCGGCGGCAAUAUUAUUGCCCACGCUAGCACCACCAGAAUCAGUCUGAAGAAGGGCCGCGCCGAGACGCGUAUUGCCAAGAUUUACGACAGCCCUUGCUUGCCCGAAAGCGACACGCUUUUUGCCAUCCACGAGGACGGUAUUGGCGACCCUGCGCCGAAGGACAUGGAGAAGGAGUAGAUGGAUGGCCGACUUUUGGAAUGGAAUCGAGCAAGUGGUCUAUUCAAUGAGGAGUAGCGUGAGAUUUCGACGAAUUUUCUAACGACAUAUGCAUGGCUUGCGGCGUUCAUGGCAGGAUUGUGGGCUGUACCAUAUUAGCAUUACUAUAAUAAAGUUGCUCGAAGACGAGGCCACCAAAGUUCUACAUUGGUUGCUUAAGACUAGCCCGAAAUCUUGAUACUGGUAUUGAGUUGCCACC